AUGUCAGAGUUGAAGGCAGUGCUGUUUGCUACGCCGAACUGCGCCUUUGUCCUGUGCCCCUCCUGUGACGGGAAUCGUGGAGAAAGGAGCAGUGUCCUCAGGAGACGCAGACAGAGUUUUGCGUACACCGUUACAUGGCUUGCUGUGCACUUCAGCAUCUUCUGUGCGCUGCUGCUCUAUGCCUCACCGUGUGCACGGCGAGCCCAAGUACGGCCUUGGUACAGCUGCUCUUGCCCGAAGAGGCCAGCGUGCAAGCAGGGCAACGAGCCAACGAGGACGAUGAGGAGGGUGUUGGGCGCAGACAUCCGACGUCACUUGUUUCUUGCCGCUUUGAUCCGUCGUCGUGUCUCUUGUCGUUUCGAGAGCAACGCGUGCUGA